ACUAAAAUCAGCCAACGUGCGCUAGAUUACGUGGCACUGAAACGAAAAGAGUAAUUGCCGUGUUUUUAUUUGGAGAAAAUCUUUGAUUUUGCUCAAAUAUUUGUUGAAUUCGUUUGAGAGUGUACUACAGCUGUUUUCCUCAACAUUGUACUGGGAGAAUUUGGAGUAACCAAGUGGAGUAGAACAUCGUAAAACGAUGGGGCUGACGAUAUCGAGUUUGUUCAGUAGGUUGUUUGGCAAGAAGAAUGUGAGAAUACUAAUGGUUGGACUUGAUGCGGCGGGAAAGACAACAAUUUUGUACAAACUUAAGCUCGGUGAAGUAGUCACAACAAUACCAACAAUUGGGUUCAAUGUGGAAUCUGUUGAGUACAAGAAUGUACACUUCACAGUGUGGGAUGUAGGUGGCCAAGAUAAAAUCAGACCACUAUGGAGACAUUACUUCACAAACACACAGGGACUUAUCUUCGUAGUUGACAGCAACGAUAAGGAACGACUUUCAGAGGCCAGAGCAGAACUUGAAAAAAUGCUUCAAGAGGAUGAACUUAGAGAAGCCAUUUUGCUGGUAUUUGCCAACAAGCAAGAUUUGCCGAAUGCGAUGAGUGUAACUGAAUUGACGGAAGGGCUAGCUCUUAACCAGAUGAAAGGCAAAAAGUGGUACGUGCAGGCAGCUUGUGCGACGCAAGGCACUGGACUAUAUGAGGGUCUUGACUGGUUAUCAAAUGCACUGUUAAGUACCAGCUAGAUCACAUUGUGUCUGUCGUCAUCUUUGUAUCCUUGUAUAGCUCACAUCAUAUGUACAAAAUCUUCUAGUUAAAAGAGCUAAUGUUAUGAACAAUAUUAUUUUUCUUUCCUUUUUUUGGUUUUUGUUGGUGUGGUGGGACUGUUUGUUUUGUUACGCUUGGUUCGCAUCAAUUUAGAAUUCCUGACACUGUUAACGAAUUAACUUGAACGAUUCUUGAUCAAAGGAAGGUUUUUUUUAUGAUGAACCCCAGUGAAUCCAUCAAAAUCCUAUAGCUUAAUGGAAAGUUCCCACAUGACAUCACACAGUGUUAAGUCGGCUAUUUUUAGCCCCCAAAUAUUCGUUGUGUUUAAUUACUGCAUCGGCAAGUAGUUUUCUAAUUCCAUUGCAUGAUUGCUUGGUUAACCACUAGGAGCAAGUUCAAGUGUGCACAAUGGUUAAUUAAAGGUUGACCAUUUGCACUUGAACCCAGGCUGGUCGAACAUUGGUUGACUACUG